AUGAGCUCACGCACUCUUAUUCUAUCCGCCCUCGCGGGCGUCGGUGCCAUUGCCGCUGCCAACGCCCUCUCCAAACCUUCUAAAACUCAAUCUAUCGCCGCUGGCAUGAGGAGUCAGUUGGACGAUCUUAAUAGCGCUGCCCACCCCGUACAGAAUCGUCGUGAUACACUAUUAGAUCGCACCGAACUUAUGGAAAGCGCGAAAAAGAGAAAGCCUUGGAAUAUGACGUAUGCGGAACGGGAAGCGCUGUCGAAAGAGUGA